AAUGGGCCAACGUGUUGAUAUUUCAUUUAAAGAUGAAAAACUUCUUAACAGAAUUUAUUGCACGAGCAGUUAUCCUCAUAAUGGAAAGUUCGCAACCUGUAAUGUUCGCUCAUAUGAACUAAAUGAAGGUGAAUGUAAAAAUGGUGGUUAUCCAAACCCUAUGAAUGCUUGUAGAUGUCGUUGUCCUUCAGGAUAUGCCGGAUAUAUAUGCACGAUACAUAAAUUUAACAAUUGCAAGGCCAUCGAAUUAAUACCAUCAGUUAAAAGGCAAUAUAUAACAAUUGGAGAAGCUGAUAAUUUCAAUUGUUUUUGGUUUAUAAAGCGUAAAAAACCAGAAUCUGAUAAAAUACAAGCAAAGUUCACAUAUAUAACCGUGGAAGAACUUAAUGGAUUUUUGUGUGGAUAUCCAUGUGAGGAAGGAUAUAUUGAAAUCAAAUACAAAAAGGAUAAAACAGCAACAGGUAAAUAUUCUGAUUUACUUUAUAACAGGUAA